AUGGAUGAGCAAGACUCAGCUGGGCCUGAAGCAGGAAGGCUUCGUUCCAUCCAAACUCUUAGCCAUGGAGGAAUCUGGGGAAAGUCUGUCCAAAGGAUCCUGGGUGAGGAGGGGACACUCCACUCAAAUGUGCAGAGCCAGCAACUCAGGCGGCUUUGCAACCAGGAGGCCAAAGGACCUCGAGAGGUUUGCAACCGACUCUACCACCUUUGCCGUCAGUGGCUGAAACCAGAAACCCACACGAAAGCUGAGAUGCUGGACCUGGUGAUCUUGGAGCAGUUCCUGGCUGUCCUUCCAGCAGAGAUGGAGAGCUGGGUGAGGGAAUGUGGAGCGGAGACCAGUUCCCAGGCGGUGGCCCUGGCUGAAGGUUUCCUUCUGAGUCAGACAGAGCAGCAGGGGAAGGAUCAUUUUCCAGAAAUGGGUUUGGAUUCCUCUGAGGUAGAGAGAACUCCGUUGGACUCUAGAGAGAGGCCACUGGGAGACCGAAGGAUGCCAGCAAGACCUGUUUGUCCAUCUUUUCUUGGUGGCGAAGGGCAAGCUGCCCCUGUGGAACCAGAGCAGGGUCUAGUGUGCUUUGAAGAUGUAGCUGUGCAUUUCACAGACGAGGAGUGGGCGUUGCUGGAUCCUGAUCAGAGAGCUCUGCACAAGGAAGUCACGGAGGAGAAUCGUGGGAUCUUGGACUCUCUCGCACUGCUUUAUAAUUGGGGGCUCCAUUGCUUCCUGAGGCUCCAAUCUGUUUCUCUCUCAAUUGCAGGUGGUGAUGAAUUGGAGCUGAAGAACGAGGGAGACCACGACAAAAGCCACAGAGUGGAGAAGUCAUAUCCAUAUUCAGAGUGCAGAGAGAGCUUCAGUCAGAGCACCCAGCUCACUUCCCAUCACAUACUUCAUUCCGGGGGGAAACCAUAUCACUGCUUGCAAUGUGGAAAGACUUUCACUUGGAAAACAAGUCUCACUUCCCAUCAGAAAAUUCAUACAGGUGAGAAACCCUAUCACUGCUUGGAAUGUGGAAAGAGCUUCAGGGAGAGAAACAAGCUCACUGUCCAUCAGAGAAUUCAUACAGGGGAGAAACCCUAUCAGUGCCAAGAGUGUGGAAAGAGCUUCACUCGAAAGGGCAAUUUAAAUUCCCAUCAGAGAAUUCAUAGAGGAGAAAAACCUUAUCACUGCUUGGAGUGUGGCAAGAGCUUCUUUCGAAGAAGCCAGCUCACUGUCCAUCAGAGAAUUCAUAUAGGGGGAGAACCCUAUCAGUGCCAAGAGUGUGGAAAGAGCUUCACUCAAAAGGGCAGCUUAAAUUCCCAUCAGAGAAUUCAUACAGGGGAGAAACCUUAUCACUGCUUGGAGUGUGGCAAGAGCUUCUUUCGAAGAAGCCAGCUCACUGUCCAUCAGAGAAUUCAUAUAGGGGGAGAACCCUAUCAGUGCCAAGAGUGUGGAAAGAGCUUCACUCAAAAGGGCAGCUUAAAUUCCCAUCAGAGAAUUCAUACAGGGGAGAAACCUUAUCACUGCUUGGAGUGUGGCAAGAGCUUCUUUCGAAGAAGCCAGCUCACUGUCCAUCAAACAAUUCAUACUGGAGAGACACCCUAUCAGUGCUUGGAAUGUGGAAAGAGCUUCAGUCACCAAGGCCUGCUCACUGUCCAUCAAAGAAUUCAUACAGGGGAGAAGCCAUAUCAGUGCUUGGAAUGUGGAAAGAGCUUCAGUCACCAAGGCCAGCUCAAUGUCCAUCAAACAGUUCAUACUGGGGAGACACCCUAUCAGUGCCUGGAAUGUGGAAAGAAAUUCACCCAGAGUGCCCAUCUUACAACCCAUCACAGAAUUCAUACAGGGGAGAAACCAUAUCAGUGUUUCGAAUGUGGAAAGAGCUUCAUUCAAAGAGGCCUUCUCAGUGUCCAUCAAAGAAUUCAUACAGGGGAGAAGCCCUAUCAGUGCUUGGAAUGUGGAAAGAAAUUCACCCAGAGUGCCCAUCUUACAACCCAUCACAGAAUUCAUACAGGGGAGAAACCCUAUCAGUGCUUGGAAUGUGGAAAGAGUUUCACUUGGAAAACAAGUCUCACUUCCCAUCAGAAAAUUCAUACAGGUGAGAAACCCUAUCACUGCUUGGAAUGUGGAAAGAGCUUCAGGGAGAGAAACAAGCUCACUGUCCAUCAGAGAAUUCAUACAGGUGAGAAACCCUAUCAGUGCUUGGAAUGUGGAAAGAGCUUCAGACAGAGAAACAAGCUCACUGUCCAUCAGAGAAUUCAUACAGGGGAGAAACCCUAUCAGUGCCAAGAGUGUGGAAAGAGCUUCACUCGAAAGGGCAAUUUAAAUUCCCAUCAGAGAAUUCAUAGAGGAGAAAAACCUUAUCACUGCUUGGAGUGUGGCAAGAGCUUCUUUCGAAGAAGCCAGCUCACUGUCCAUCAGAGAAUUCAUAUAGGGGGAGAACCCUAUCAGUGCCAAGAGUGUGGAAAGAGCUUCACUCAAAAGGGCAGCUUAAAUUCCCAUCAGAGAAUUCAUACAGGGGAGAAACCUUAUCACUGCUUGGAGUGUGGCAAGAGCUUCUUUCGAAGAAGCCAGCUCACUGUCCAUCAGAGAAUUCAUAUAGGGGGAGAACCCUAUCAGUGCCAAGAGUGUGGAAAGAGCUUCACUCAAAAGGGCAGCUUAAAUUCCCAUCAGAGAAUUCAUACAGGGGAGAAACCUUAUCACUGCUUGGAGUGUGGCAAGAGCUUCUUUCGAAGAAGCCAGCUCACUGUCCAUCAAACAAUUCAUACUGGAGAGACACCCUAUCAGUGCUUGGAAUGUGGAAAGAGCUUCAGUCACCAAGGCCUGCUCACUGUCCAUCAAAGAAUUCAUACAGGGGAGAAGCCAUAUCAGUGCUUGGAAUGUGGAAAGAGCUUCAGUCACCAAGGCCAGCUCAAUGUCCAUCAAACAGUUCAUACUGGGGAGACACCCUAUCAGUGCCUGGAAUGUGGAAAGAAAUUCACCCAGAGUGCCCAUCUUACAACCCAUCACAGAAUUCAUACAGGGGAGAAACCAUAUCAGUGUUUCGAAUGUGGAAAGAGCUUCAUUCAAAGAGGCCUUCUCAGUGUCCAUCAAAGAAUUCAUACAGGGGAGAAGCCCUAUCAGUGCUUGGAAUGUGGAAAGAAAUUCACCCAGAGUGCCCAUCUUACAACCCAUCACAGAAUUCAUACAGGGGAGAAACCCUAUCAGUGCUUGGAAUGUGGAAAGAGAUUUAUUGAGAAGGCCAAACUCGGGAUCCAUCAAAGAAUUCACAGCAAAAGAAAACUAUUUUAAUGCCAAGAAUGUGGGAAGAGCUUCAGUCACAGGGCCCGUCUCGCUUCCCAUCAAAGAACUCACAUUGGGGGCAAAUUAUAGUAGUGGCUGUAUACAGAUUUAAUUUUAGGAGCCCUUAGUUUGUAUGAGGUGAGAAUUGCAGUUGGGUUCUUUGCCACAUCUGGUGCCCCAUAGUAAUUCCUACAACGUACCCAAGAACUGUGAUUUGCAAGUUCUUGGCCAAGGUGUUUAAUACCAUCUUUAGAGUUUCCUUUCUCUUGGCAGAUCAAAUGAGCAGGAGACAGCAAAGGUUGCAAUUUGAAUUGGGUUGCAAAUCUGGGACAAUUAGAAUAAGAUCCACUAUUUGACUAUUGACUCAAAACCCUACAAUGUAUUUUAUAUAACGGACUUUUUAUUUUUAUUCUUUGUAUAUUGUAUUGUUGCUCUAUUGGUAUGCCCGGGGGCUGACGCGAAUAAAGAUUUAUUCAUUCAUUGAACAUUUUCGUCGCGUCAUGCCUGGGGUGAGGGAUAAGAGUGGUUUGGUGACACUGAUGAGAUGGCUGUCCAUGCUGAACUUUCCUAGGAAGGACUUGGGGUAAAAUUUGUGAUAGUUGGUUGAAUAUUAGAUAUUAUAGAUUUUGAUUCUG